AAGACAAAAGAUAUGUUUUCUAACCCAUGUGUGAAUGUAUCCCUCACCAUUAAGAACAUAGAUAAAGAAGCCAUUGUUGUUGUUAUUAUUAUUAUUUCAGUCCUGAAGAUCAAAAUGAGGACUUAAAAUACUCCAAAUCUUCUGUUUCUGUUCCUUCGACUCAGUUCGGUUUGUUGCAACCGUUUGAAUUUUUUACUUUCGUCCACAGCAAUUUAUCUGUUAAAAACAUCCAGUCUUUCUGUGGGAAAAAUAGGUAAUUGUUACUUAUUGAUAGGCUUCUUUUGCUUCUAGCAAUGUCAAGUUGCUCGCCUAUCCACCUAACUUUACCUCAGCGGGACGGGGGUUCACGGAAAAUCCGCUUUAUUCACCUGGUGAAUCUGACAUCGUUCAGGCUGACGGAGUGUCCCAACAAAAGUCCAGCAGUUCCUCUCUAUUUAGGAGCUGAUCUUUUCUCCAACACGGACAUCCGCACAGAGAACCAUCCCAGAUACCACGCCAAAUUUGCCAAGAAAGGAUUUGCAACAAAAAUAAAAUUUUCCUCAGCAUUUAGGUUCCAUGGGUUGAAGGUACCGACUGCAAAUAACAGCCUCUGGUUCUACAGCGUUCAAGGACUUUUUCGAGUAGCCUUUGAGAUGUACAGUAAGCAAGAGCAGCUUCAUGUGCUGGACAAUUUCCAGGAUGUUUGGAAAUCGCAGAUAAAUGACAGCCCUCUGAAAUCCAGUUACAGCCUCAGUGUGCAGCUCGACUUUGCACUAUUCAGCAGCCUGCAUGACACAGUAUCAAGGAAUGAAAUGUCACAACCUCAGCAAUGCCAGGUUGGCAGGGAAUCGGUGGAUGCAUAUGGCAGUGACAGAGGUGAUACAUCAGCAGAUCAUGAUUAUUGUGCUUUUGCCAAGCAGAGCUUGCAAACUGAGCAAAGCCAACACGUUUUAUCAACAGUGAAGAAAAAGUUCCGCAGCCUGGAUGACAAACUCUCCUCUGAGACUGAAAGCUACACAGAACAGCUGGAGACUGUCUUGCUGCUUUUGGACACCAUUGAUCAGUGCAUAAAUGGGAAUUUGGAUGAAAAGGCUGUGACAGAAACUGUAUUAGCCCUGCUAAAGGCGAAAGAUUGGGGUUGUGUUUAUUCAAGUCCCCUGCUCUGUAGUGUAGGACGCUGGCUAGGCCAACAGUUUCAUGCGGCCCACUGCAGCAUCAGCCAGAAAGUGGAGGGAUUUAAAGUUCAGCAUAUUGAACGAAUUAGUGACUUGCCACCUGCUGAGGAACUAGCCACAGAGCUUUUCCCAGAGGCCAUGCAAGCACUGCUGCUUCAUUGGAUGGGCUUAACUGAGGAGUCCACUGUGGAGAAGAGGCACAGUGAAUACCCAAUCCUGCUCCUUAUCCUGGAGUUUGCCAACCACAACCUCAUCACUGGUGUGGCACAUGUGCUGUAUUCCAGUCUUAUAUGUAAAUAGGAGUGAAUUUACAUUAAGACUUCAACACAAAAACCUGUAAUUUCUCUGAUAAAUUGUCCAGUCUUCUAAUAAAUAUAUUUUGCUAUGUGAAGUUGUCCUUCCUUGCUUUGGGCAGUCUAUUUUUGCUGCACAUCCUAUUUCAGGGCUGGGUGACAAUUCAAUAGUUUGUGUGGAAUUUUAUUUCCAUGAAAUGAUAAUUAGGGCCUCG